AGACUUCGGUUUCGCCGUGGCAGUCUCGUUGAGUUUGUUCAGAGUCUUGCAAUGCCCUUCUUUGGCCGUGAUGCUGCUGUGCUAUGUGUGCUUGUGUGCUGUGUUCCAAUUCAGUACUGGCUAGCACAGCGCUCCUUUGUCAGCCCAGUCCACCGCACAGCUGAAGUCUACAAGUUGGUAGAAGAGGUUCACAACUUUGCAAGCAACUGGCUCUCUGUAGAAACAUGGCAGAAUUGGGUGAUUGGGAUGAAGAAGAGGUUCAUCACUAAUGACUACAGCCAUUGGUACACAGCUGAUGCAAAUGAUCCUGAGGGAGAAUGCCCAGCUGUGGAGGUUUGGCAUCUGCGGAACCCCAAGGGAAUGUUUGCCAUGUCACCCAGGCCCCGCACAAAUCGACCCCUGGGAGUGCGGUGGCGUGUUGGGCAGGUAGUGAAGCACAAGCGAUGGGGGUACAAGGGAGUGAUCAUAGGAUGGGAUCUCAAGUGUAAGGCUCCAGAGGCGUGGAUUGAGAAAAUGCAUGAUGGCCAUAAGCAUUGGAGAGAACAACCUAAUUAUGCCCUAUUAGUCAACACAAAGGACCGGAAAAAUUCACAGAUCACAUAUGUUCCACAAGAAAACAUCUCCCCGGUUUUAAAAGAAGAG